AUGUAAUAAAGCGAAUAGGAACAAUAAAAGGAGUAAGUAAUUGCUCAAAAUGAGAUUCCUGAUUUAAUUAUCAAUCCUUAUGAAGUGGUGAACAAUUCCAAGAAGUAAAUUGACUACGAUAAGUUGAUCCAAUCCUUCGGUUGCUAGAGAAUCGACCAAGCUCACAUUGAUCGAAUAUAAGCCUUAACUUAAAAACCUGUUCAUCAUUACUUAAGACGUGGCAUUUUCUUUUCACAUCGAGACUUAACCCAGGUAUUGGAUGCCUAUGAAGCUGGCAAAGGAUUCUAUCUGUACACAGGCAGAGGACCAUCUGGAGACUCAAUGCACGUGGGCCAUUUGAUGCCAUUCAUAUUUACUAAAUAUUUGUAGGAAGCUUUCGAUGUGCCAGUAGUGAUUGAAUUGUCAGAUGAUGAGAAGUUUUUCCAUAAGAGCGAAACAACAUUGGAGGAAUAUCAACGAUAUGGAUAUGAAAAUGCUAAAGACAUUAUAGCAUGUGGAUUCGAUGUUAACAAAACAUUCAUUUUCUUAAGUUCCUAAUAUGCAGGUCACAUGUAUCACAACAUUUGUAAAUUCCAACAUGCCAUAACCUAUUCAUAAUUGAGAGGAAUAUUUGGUUUGAAUGAAUCCGAUAAUUGUGGAAAAGUAGCCUACCCAGCAGUUUAAGCAGCUCCAUCCUUGUCCUCCUCAUUUAAACACAUCUUUGGAAAGGAUGAAGUGAUGUGUUUAGUCCCACAAGGCAUAGACCAAGACCCUUACUUCAGAAUGACAAGAGAUGUGUGUUAUAAACUAAAGGUUCCUAAAACUGGAUGCAUCCACUCCCAAUUUCUGCCAGGACUUCAUGGAUUCGGUACCAAAAUGGGAACUACAGAUCCAACAUCAGCUAUAUUUUUAACAGAUACUCCUAAGGAGAUUGAAGAGAAAAUCAAAAAACAUGCUAUGUCAGGUGGUGGUAUGACCAAAAAGGAACAUCAAGAGAAAGGUGCUGAUCUUACUGUUGAUGUCCCAUAUCAUUAUUUGAGAUUCUUCCUUGAAGAUGAUGCUCGUCUUGAAGAAAUCAGAGUCCAAUAUGGAAAGGGAGUCAUGAUGACUAGUGAAGUCAAGAAGGAAUUGAUUACAGUGAUUACUAAGAUAGUAACAGAACAUCAAUAGAGAAGAGCUCUUGUCACAGACGAGAUUGUGUAAAAAUUCAUGGAAUUGAGACCCUUAAGUAACUAUCCACCUAAAAAGAAUAAUUGA